UAUGUCUCAGUCGAUGUUAUAUUCCAUUGAUCUUGCAUUAAGAUUCGUACAAAAAUUUCUUUUCAAUUUUUUCUUUUUCUUCUCAUAUACUAUAUCACUUGAGUGAGACUUAGUUAAGUCUCAGUCGACUGAGACCUAGACACACCCAUUAAAUAUGUACCACAUAAGCAAACUUGUAUUGAAGUGUGUGAUGUUACUCCUAAGUUCGUGCUGACUAGCCUGAGACUGAGAGGGAGCGCCCAGGAUGCAGAAGUCAAGAGCACAGUACAGUACUACAGUAGCACUUUCUCCUCCCACGUCGUGAGGGCUAGAUCCUAUAUGCCCUCGCUAUAAAAUGCCCGGUCCUCGCGGUACAACCUCACCAGCCAUCCAUCGCCGUCGGCUCAGUCACUCCGCUGCUAGCUGGAGGUGCAUGUCACAUGCGAUGCGAUCGAGCUAGCUAGCCGGAGGUGAGCCGAACUGGAGGCGGCCGGCGGCCAGAGCGGAGGAGAUCGAUCGAUCGGGAGCUCGAGCUCGAGCUCGGCGUGGAGAUGGGCAGGGCGCCGUGCUGCGACAAGGCAAGCGUGAAGAAGGGCCCGUGGGCGGCGGAGGAGGACGCCGUGCUCAGGGCCUACGUCGCCGAGCACGGCACCGCCGGCAACUGGAUCGCGCUCCCCCGCAAGAUCGGGCUCAACAGGUGCGGCAAGAGCUGCCGGCUGCGGUGGCUCAACUACCUCCGCCCCAACAUUCGGCACGGCGGCUUCACCGACGAGGAGGACCGGCUGAUAUGCAGCCUCUACGCUAGCAUCGGGAGCAGGUGGUCGACCAUCGCCGCGCAGCUGCCGGGGAGGACGGACAACGACGUCAAGAACUACUGGAACACCAAGCUCAAGAGGCGCCUGCUCGGCGGCGGCCGCCGCUCGAUCAGGUACGCGCUACCGCUGCCGCAGCAGCCGCGCCUCCUCCUCAUGAGCCCCACGGGUGGCGGCGCCGCCUCGACGGCGCUGGAGCGGAUGCAGCUAAGCGUGCAGCGGCGCCACGUCGGCAUCCAAGACGCCCCGGGGCUCCCCUUCUACGGCAACCUCUGGCCAGCCCAGCAGUCUGUGCUCUCUCCUGCCGCUGGUUACUCCGGGUUCUGGUCUCAUAUCCAAACCAGUACCAACCCGGGCCGGGUUAACGUGCAAGAUCAUCAGCGCGCCUGGGGCAGCAGCGGCGGCGGCGGCACCACGCCGCUGGUCACGAGCCCCGCCGGCGAGACAGCGGUGGGCGUAGGGAGCUCCAGCUCGACACCGGCAGCGAGCUCCGUGACUUUCGACGGCGACAUGGAGGACGAGAUCGAGAUGCUGCUCCAGCAGAUAGGGUGCUUGGAGGAGGAAGACAGCCGCCUGCUGAUCGGCGGCGAGGCGGGCAGCGCUGGUUCUUGGAGCUCCUGCUCUACCCCAGGAGUGGACUCAGUGUUCCAGGACUAUGUACAAGGACACGGGCAGCAGAACUAUAUGUAGUGCAUUUCAGACCUGAACAUGAUCCGUAUCCGGUAUACUAUAGUCUAUAGGUAUGUAAAUAUGUAUGCUAGUUCAGUAGCUUCUUUUUUGAAGAUCUGGCUUGAUAUGAGUGUAUCGUAAAUGCAGAACCAAUAUAUGGGAUAUCA